CACUCAAUUGCCGUAGAGCCCACGCCAGUCACGUUCUGUCUCUAACUGCACGUGCUAACUGCUGGCAUCAAAAUAAAGUGAGUUGGGCGUGACAACCAUUAGCAUUUACCUCUUGAAACUGCACUUGAACGGAGCUUGAAGCAAUAAUACCAGAAACGCAAGAUGUUAUCCUUGGCACUCAGGUUGGUUGUCAUGUGCUUGACAGUGGUGCCCUCUACCGCCCAACUCUGUCCAUCCAAGAAGCUGCUUACAUUCAAUGUUGGACUGAAUCCGCGGGUGACGAAAUACGAAAGCCGGAAGAAGAUAGUACCGGAUGCGCUCAAAGAACACACCGAUGUUGACGUCAUGUGUCUGCAAGAAGUGUGGUACGAAAAGGACAUGACGAACUUCCUGAAUGCGUUGAAACCGACGUACCCCUACCAUUACAGCUUCAUCCACCACGCCCCGAGCCAGCUGCGGUCCAGCUCCGGCAUCUUUUCCUGGAUCUUUGGCCGCUUCCGGACCGCGCCGUGUCUAUCGGCGUCCAUCUUUCCUCUGGGAUACUGCAUGGUGAGACAAUGUAAAGGAGUCAAAGGUAACGCCAUGCUCGGUUGCCUCACGCAGAAAUGUACGGAGCAGUUAGAAGCCAUUUCACAAGACUGUAUUGCUUGUCUGUUGAUGAGUUCUAUCGACCCGCUGUCUGCCCUGAGCAAGUGUGUCAAUGUACUGAGUUACUACAACAAGAUGAACGGACAGGGACUGUUGCUGCUAAGUAAGAAACCGAUCUUGAACGUGCAAAAGACUUUAUUCUUUCCAGGAGUGAAACAAAUGUUGGCAAGAGGCUUUAUUACUGCAGACGUCGCUGGCCUUGGAAAGGUUGUAUGUACUCACUUGACUGCAAAUAUUCAUCUACCUUACAUAGAAUGGAACAAGGAUGAACUGAAAGCCAUGUCUUGGGAAGAACAGCAGCGGAACGAGAUAAACAAUAUCCACUAUCAUCUUGAUGGUCGUAAACACAUCUUGAUGGGAGACCUCAACACUGGCCCAGCAAUCACUAAUCCAGGUGAAGAGCCUAUCGUUGGCGAGUACCCUUCUAAUUUUGCGGCUCUCUUGACGUAUGGCUACACGAGUCUGUACGAAGGCGAAGAUGGCCGCUGCACGUGGUGCCGAGACAACCCCCUCCACCAGCAGAGAUCUCCGAGCAAGAUCCUAGACCACAUCAUGAUGACUGGAUUCAACGGCAGAAAUGCCACGAGGACGAUGGGCGUCUACCGUGGACAACAGCUUUCGGAUCAUUACGGUAUGACACUUAAUGUCUGUCACAACAUAUUUUACUGAUCUGUGGACACCAUGGGAAAUAAAUUUUAAUGGUUCGGAUUUUCCUGUGUUUCGUG